AUGGUUCAAAUUCCAGAAACCCCGAACCUCGAGCCUCGAGUCUCAAACCACAACAAUCGCCGGCGUGCCAACCGACCCUAUUUGCCAACGUACAUUGUUAACCUCCACCUACCUUUCAGCGGACCCGCGACCGCAUCACCGGGCCCUCCCCUCGUCGGUCCGUUCUCAACGACCCGUCACCUGAUAUUCCCAAGCAGUAGAAACAGCGACCGAAUUUGCUGGCAACCAACCGAAACAGCCUACGCUUAUGAGAGGUGGAAACUCUGGAGGGGGGGAAAGGGGGUGUCUUUUUCAUCUCAUGGCGCCGUGAAAAAGGGCCGACAAGUCGAGAACAUAACACGAAAGGGCCUCCUUGACGACAGAGUUGGAUGA